CCGAACACCAUCUCUCUAUUGCACCAUGUCCGAAAGGACGCCCAUGUCUUCCAUCGACAACAAUGCCAAUGCAAACCCACCACCCUCUGAUUGUCAGCCUUCCUUCCUUCUGCUACUUUUGCCGCCUGACGCCACAUAUUUUGAUAAAUGGUAGCGGUUUUGCUCCAGGAAGGCAACGCAACGAUGGUUCAGCAGGCACCUUUCCUGAGCGGUUAUCCUAUACUCCCAGAUGACAUGGAGAUAAAGGACCUUCCAAGAGCACAGCUGUAUGCAAUGAAUCAGAAGCUUUUAGAAGAGAGUAUACCUAGCGAGCAACCGUUGAUGUCGGAGCCGGCCCCGAUUUCAACGCUACGGGCGGAGUAUGAGAAUGGCUCUUCGUCGUUUGUGGCGCAGAUCGACGAUCUCGUUCGUCAAGGUUUUACCAGUAUAAUUCGAACCAGAGGCGAUGGGGAUUGUUUCUAUCGAUCACUUGCAUUUGCAUACAUCGAACAGCUCAUCCGUGCGGAAGAACCUGAAUUGGCUGUCGUAACCGCUUUAUCCGGCCUCGAAUCUCAAAAGGAGAAGUUAAUGAAGGAUGCCGGUUUUCAGGAAAUUGUCUAUGAUCUGCCCUACGGCGUGUUCACAGACUUGAUCAAACGUAUCAUCAGCCAAUCUGGUGAUCUCCUCACAUCAGCUGGUCUGUUAGAGACUUUCCAGGAUUCUGAGGGUACACAAACUCCCCAGUAUAUCGUGAUGUAUCUGCGUCUUUUGACUUCUGCCCAGAUUCGUACAGCACCGGAGGAAUUUGAGGGAUUCAUCAUGCACCCGGACACCGGGAUGAAAAUGACGGUAACCGAAUUUUGCCUGCAUUGCGUCGAUCCGAUGGGCAAGGAAGCAGAUUACGUUCAGAUAGCUGCUCUUUCUCGCGCGCUUCAGGUUCGCAUCCAGAUUGCGUACUUGGACGGGCGUAGCUCGGACGGGAAAGUCGAGUUCGUGGAGUUUAACCAAGGACCUGAUUCGAGGGGCCAGCCUUUGCUGCUGCUGUACCGACCUGGUCAUUACGAUAUCAUCGACAAGAAUGGUGUGUAAUUGCGAUUGCGUCACUUGUACCAUACUUCCUUCUUGGGCUUUUGACAAUGUAAGAUUCUGGCGAGUGUGGUAUUCGCACAUUCAUCGAUAUGAUUUCGUGGGUGGCGAAGAAAUUUCCGAUCGCCCUGUUUUUGAACC